AUGGCGGCGCAGCAAGCUCCAGAUGGCCUUCGCACGCGCCAAUCCGAUGAGGAGUCGGGCAACUACCAGGUCGAAGAGAAAUUUGAAGGUUCUGCGCAUGUGGAAGAUGCUGAGAAAAAGGAUAUUGCCGCUGUCAGCACGCAUGGCUUGAGUCCAGAAGAACAGAAGAAAGUCAUCCGACGCAUCGACGUUCGACUCCUCCCAAUUCUCGGUCUCAUGUACUCAAUCUCGCUGAUCGAUCGCACAAAUCUGGGCCUAGCUCUCGUGGCUGGCCUCCAGGAAGACCUGGCACUUCACAUUGGCAACCGAUAUACUGUUAUUGUCAUGGUGUUCUUCGUAGCCUAUAUUCUGUUUGAAAUUCCUAGUAACCUCAUUCUACCUCGUGCCGGUCCAGCAAAUUGGCUUGCCUUUCUCGGUGUUGGCUUCGGCUCCGUCCUGCUCGGUAUGGGUUUCACGAAACACUGGGGGACCAUGGCCCUCUGCAGAGCGCUUCUCGGUGUACUAGAAGCGGGCUUCCUACCGGGUUGCACAUAUCUCAUUACAUGUUGGUAUACCCGUUUUGAGGUUGGAAAGCGACUAUCGGGAUUCUGGAUCAUGUCCGUUAUCCUCAGUGCCUUUUCAGCCAUCUUUGCCUAUGUUCUUGCUUUGCUCGACGGCAAAGGUGGGCUAGCUGGUUGGAGCUGGAUCUUCAUUAUUGAGGGUGCAAUCACUAUCGUUGUCUGCGGACUCGGCUGGUUUAUCAUCAUCGAUUUCCCAACCAAGGCCGGCAAGUUCCUCAAGCCAGCCGAGCAGGCAUUUGUCAUCGAGCGUAUCAACAACGACAGGGGCGACGCUGAGGAAGACGGUGUCAACGCUCGCAAGAUCUUGAAACAUCUCAAAGACUGGAAGUUGUACUUCUGGGCCUUCAACCUCAUGUCCUCGACCCUGCCAGGCUACGCUUACUCGUACUUCCUACCCAUCAUCCUGAGGAACGGCAUGGGCUUCAGUCGCACCAACUCGAUGCUUCUCAGCGCCCCGCCGUAUCUCCUUGCCGCCAUCAUGGCCUUCGUGUCCGGCUGGCUCGGCGACAAGUACAAGAUCCGCGGACCGAUCAUCGCUGUGCAUCAGGCGAUCACUGCUGUGGGCAUGCUGAUUACCGUCUACGCCAAGUCGAACGCCGCUCGUUACUUUGGCGCGUUUCUCGGCAUCGGCUUUUUGCAGUUCUGCGUUCCCGGCGUUCUGACGUUCCAGGCCAACAACAUCACGUCCCACUCUAAGCGAGCCGUGGCUUCAGCAACGUGCCUCAUUGGUGGCGGUGUCGGAGGCAUCAUCUCCAGUGUGGCUUUCAUGGCGAAAGAGAGCCCACACUAUACCACUGGUGUGUGGACCACGUUCGGUAUUUCGAUGACCAGCAUCUGCAUGAUCAUCAUCAUGGAUCUUUACUUUUGGCGGCUCAACAAGGGUGUGAAGGCAGGGACUCGUCUGAACGAAGGCAUGGCAGGGUGGUUCUAUACGCUCUGA